AUGGUUCGCUUCUCAUUCUUAGCGAUUGUGUUUUUUUUAUGUGUUGCAUCCUCUUACGCGAGGACUAAUUUUGUUGAUGUGCAAGCUAUUUGCAAGCGGUCACAAAACCCUUCUUUUUGCUUAACUUUUCUAAAUUCAAGACCUGGUGGACCGGGAAAAGACCUUGGUGACCUUGAAUCAUACACCCUUGGCGUACUUCACACCGAUGUGUCCAAUACAAUCAAUCUAAUCACAAAACUAAUUGCACAGAGUGGUAGCGAUCAAAAGAAACUAAAUCAUUACUAUCUUUGCUUGAAUUAUUUUGGAGAUGAUGGAAUUCUUGGUAGGGUUAAGAGAGCUCAAGAACAAUUGAAAAUUUCUAAUUACGUUGGUGUGAAUAUGUUUAUGGGUACUAUAAUGAAUUUUACUGAAGACUGCGUUUCGCGUGAAAACAUUCCCAUCGAAGAUACUUCUGAGCUUCCAAAAAAUGCUAGUGCUGUUAAUGAUAUUGCUGAAAUUAUUGCUAUAAUGUCAAAUAUGUUGACAUAA